AAGGCAGGGUUGGAAAAAAAAAAGAAAGGCAGGGCUGGAGAAAGUGGGAUCUGGAGGGACACCAUAAGAAGGUGUCAUGCGAAGAGUCAGCAUGCUGGAACAUGGGGACAGAGAUGUGAGACCCUGAUCACUCCAGUGGCAUCUCUCUGAGGCUGUUUGCUCAUCUGUAAAAUGGGUUGCUGUGAGGGUUCCGGUGUUCCUGGAAGCGCCUCCCACCAAACACUUGGAAAGACAAUCGCUACGGUUUGGGGGGUCCGGGGGCCCCCAGAUAAGUGUGUCCGGAUUCAGUCGUUAAGGGGGGCUGAGCUGAGCUGAGGGGACGCCACUGCCCCCUGUUGGCUGUCCGGGCCAGAGCACCCCUGGCCCCCGACGGGCGGGGCGACCGGCGGGCUGCUAGCGGGCUGGCAGCCUCCAGACGGCCAGUCUGCCCUCUCUGGCGCCGCGUCUGUCCGUCGAUCAGUGCGAGGACGCCCGGCCCGUGCUCGGCGCGUGGGCUCCCGGCCCCUGGGAUCUCGCGGGGCGCAGGCGGCAUGGUUCCUCUCUGUUUCAACUGCUCCAUCCUCCCUGGAGACAGGUCCCUGGGUUCAAGGAGCCCGGUGCCCUGCAAUGGCAGCAGGGCUCUGGGACCCUUUGACCCCCAGGACCUGAACCUGACGGAUGAGGAGCUCAGGCUCAAGUACCUGGGGCCCCAGCAGACGGAGCUGUUCGUGCCCAUCUGUGUCACCUACCUGCUGAUCUUUGCGGUGGGCACGGUGGGCAACGCGCUGACCUGCACGGUCAUCCUGCGCCACAGGCCCAUGCGCACACCCACCAACUACUACCUCUUCAGCUUGGCUGUGUCGGACCUGCUGGUGCUGCUCGUGGGCCUGCCCUUGGAGCUCUAUGAGAUGCAGAACAACUACCCGUUCUUGUUGGGCGCCGGCGGCUGCUACUUCCGCACGCUGCUCUUUGAGACCGUCUGCCUGGCCUCGGUGCUCAACGUCACCGCCCUGAGCAUCGAGCGCUACGUGGCCGUGGUGCACCCGCUGCGGGCCAGGUCGGUGGUGACGCACGCCCACGUGCGCCGCGUGCUCGCAGCCAUCUGGGGCUUCGCGGUGCUCUGCUCUCUGCCCAACACCAGCCUGCACGGCAUCCGGCAGCUAGAUGUGCCCUGCCGGGGCCUGGUGCCCGACUCGGCCGUGUGCACCCUGGUGCGCCCGAGAGCCAUCUACAACCUGGUGGUGCAGGCCACCGCGCUGCUCUUCUUCUGCCUGCCCAUGGCCACCAUCAGCGUGCUCUACCUGCUCAUCGGCCUGCGGCUGCGGCAUGAGAGGCAGCUGAUCCUCAGACAGGAGGCCAAGGGCAGGGCCAGGACAAGCGACAGCCGCAGGCUCCAGGAUCGGGGUCGGACACAGGUGACCAAGAUGCUGUUUGUGUUGGUCGUCGUGUUCGGGAUUUGCUGGGCCCCGUUCCACGUCGACCGCCUUAUGUGGAGCUUCGUGUCCCACUGGACCGAGGGCCUGCUCCUGGCCUUCCAGUACGUGCACGUCAUCUCCGGAGUCUUCUUCUACCUCAGCUCGGCCGCCAACCCCGUGCUCUACAGCCUCAUGUCCACCCGCUUCCGGGACACCUUCCGGGAGGCCCUGUGCCCGGGGACCCAGUGCCGCGGCCGUAGAACCCACCACAGCUCCUACAGCCUCAGCAGGGUGACCGUGGGCAGCACCCUUGGUGACACGGGCUCCCCGGGAAGCCAGGCCCAGCCUCUGGCCGAGAACGGUGGCCCAGGGGGCCGGCAAGGGAUGGACCGCUCCUGAGAAGAGCCUCAUGCCACUUCACCCCAAGCGGCCAGAAGGUCACACCCAGCUAUGGGGGGGCCACACCUGCCUCUUCUGGGGGCUGUCCUCUGUCCCCCUUCCCCACUUCAGCCUAGUAACUGACUGGCACCUGACUACUGCCCCCACCCAUGUAUUGGAAGGAUUAUAAGGUUGCUGUCUGCUCUGCAGGCCUCCAGGCCUCCUGGUACAGCCCUGUCCUGGUAGGAACAUCAUGGCUGGUUAAGUGGGCAUGGCAAGACUCCCAUCUGGGGGUUCCCCCACCCACCCCCAGUUUCUGAAGUGUUUCCGGGGCAGCCCUUCCUUUCCUUUCCAUUUCUUGCUGAGCUUCCGGUUCUGGUCCACUCUGCCCCCUCUAGCUCUUGGUGCACCUGGGAACCUGGGACCUUCCUCUGACCCAACCCCUCCGUGGCCCCCAGUUGACUUAUUUUGCUCUGGGAUUUCCACCUGGUGGAGCCACCAGGUGGCAGGUGUGCCUGGGAUCCAGGGGACUUGCUUCCAAUCUCAGCUGUGCUGCUACCUCCUGCUCACACCCUCCUCCCGCUGCUGUCCCUCACCCCCGCCCCAGACCCAGCAUCAAGCAAAUUGCCUCUCCUUACAGGCCUGGGCCCCUUAUUUGCAAAACAAAAGAGGCCCUGACCCUCUGGAGCAUCGAGCUUUGGCUGGUUUUCUGUGUGGAUGCAGAAGUCACUGCUGGUAACAGAUACCCUCAGAUUAACAAUGCGGAAAUUACCCUUCACAUCCUCACUACCUUCAACCCUUACUCCUGCCCUGACCCCUACAAGCUCCCCACCCCACCUCCUCCAGAGCCACCUGUAGAACAUUCUUUGUCCUAGAGAAAGUGAGACUUGGCAAGGACCGAGGGACCACGUGUGUGAGCAGAGGCCCCUGCCUGCCUCCAUUCUCACCUGCUCACAUGCUGGCUUGGGGGCCUGAGAUGAGCAGAGCGUUGGGCCUGACUGGCCAGAGAAUCUCUGGGGACAAGAGACAUGAGCCACCCAAGGACAAGGGGUGCCCUGUGAGCACUGCUUGGGGCUCAGUGAAGUGAGAAGACGGGGCAUGCGUGCUCAGUCAUAUCUGACUCUGAGACCCCAUAGACUGAUGCCCACCAGGCUCCUCUGUCCAUGGGAUUCUCCAGGCAAGAACACUGGAGUGGGUUGCCAUGCCCUCCUCCAGAGGAUCUUCCCGACCCAGGGAUCGACUGGUGUCUCCGGCAUCUCCUGCACUGCAGGCAAAUUCUUUACUGCAGAGCCGCUAGGAAAGCCCUGAGGUGACAAGUGAGGCGGGGUAAGUCCUGAAGUGAAGCUCCAUCCUGAAUCCCCGUGGAUAGCUGGGUGCUCGGCCAGGACUCAUGGCCAGAACUUGUCCUGCUACAGUGCCCGGCCCGUUCUCCUCCUGAGGGGGUACUGCAGCAGAAGGAAUCCUGGCCUCCCUGGCGACGGGCUGUAGGGCCCCCGUGUGCUACGGGGCUCUCCCUGCAGACUCUCCCCAGCUCAGGCCCCUGGCACUCUGACUGCAAAGUGGAGGAGAUUGUACAAAAUGUUCUGGGGUUUUUGAAAUUCAAUUGUAAAAACAAUACUCAUUUUAGAAAAUUGGAAAUUACAAAUGAGCAAAAAUGAAAACAAUUUAAAGUAAUUAAAAACUACCCCUGCUAGGGAAUGGGGGGAGGGGGAAAUAGUUGUUUAAUGGGAACAGGGUUCCAGUUUGAAAGUUCUGGAGAUUGGUUGCAAACCAAUGUGAAUAUACUUGAAUAGUAUUGAAUUAUACACUUAAGUGGUUAAGAUGGUAAAUUUUACUACAGUUUUUUUUUUUUUUUUUUAAGGAAGGAUUAAGCCUAAAGGAAAAGAAAAAAAAAAGUCACCUAUAGCUUUACUCUCUAGAGGUAACCACCAUAUAUAAGAUAGGAUGGGCAAAUUUGAGAAGGGAGCUUGUGUAAAGAGGCUGUGCAGAGCCGUGAGGACCCAAUGUUGUCUCUGAAAUGAGCUCCCCGGAGGCCUUGGUUGGGGUGGUGGCCAACACCAGACUGCAGGCUGGAGCCUGCCGUUGUUCCCACAGACUUAACUGGACUCCCUGGAGCCUCUCUUAAGUGACGGUCAGAGCUGACGUGCUCCUGAGGCUUUGGUCAGUAUUUGUGAAGGGCCUACUAUGGGCAGAGAAGCCCUGGGCAGAUGGGGGAACAUAGGGGAGGGGAGUUAUCAGAAGACCUGGGCUCUUAGUGUAAAUUUGAUGUAUGUCUCUCGACUGUCUCCAUAGCACGUCAGUAGGUAGGUCCCAUUUGUCAUGAGUCACUGGUUACCAUGGAAAGUGGAAACAGCAGCUCUGGGCUCAGCCCUUGAGAAACGCGUGGAGGUGGAAAGGCCAGCCAGCAAGAUCCCAGUCUCUCCGGGAUGCUGCGUCUUCUGCAGCUUGCUCUGCUUUUCUGCAUGGUCAGGGUGGUGGGGGUGGUGGGGGAGGUGGGGUGCGCGGCAGCAUUGCCGAGUGCCCAGUGCUACUCCCAGGAAAUGAGUGCUGGCUCCUCUGGGGCUCGUCACCUCCUGUCCUGGCUACAGUCAUACACAUCCCUCCUCCUUGUUCAAGAGGCUGGGGCUGCUCUGCUUCCCGUCUCCUCCUCUUCUGCUGUGAUCCUGGGUGAUGCUGAAGCCCACAUGGACAGUCCACUGAGACCCUAGCAUCCGCUCCUGGUCUUUCCUACAGCUCUGGACACUCUUCCCCACCCUGGCCUUUUGGUCCUGUGGUCACCUCCUCACUCCCAGGACCUCCAGGAGCAUUUCAAUUUCUGGAAGUGGGAGCUCUUGACCAUGAUUGCCUCCUUCCUGCUCUGUUGCUCUAUAAGUGAUAGUUAUUCUUUAACAACGUCUAACCUUCCCGGUUCUCAGCUGCUCUUCUUUCUCCCAGUCCAUCAGUUGCCUCUGCUCUUCACUUCUUUUCUGAGGGUCCUAGAUACCAUGGUCCAUCACACACAACCCUCUCUACAAGUAUUUCUGAAGGUCGGGUUGAUCACCCUUUCCUUCUCAGAAAAAAAGGUUUAUUUUCUUUGGGAACUCACCAAGAUGGGUGUUAUCAACAAACAAAGCUACGUUUGCCCGCCCUUCCUUCUGUUAAAAGUAUCUGCUCAGGAAAUAUAAAGCAUGCAGCACUUCACAUCCACUCUUCUGUAGACGGCAUUUCCACAUGAGUCCUGAUGUCUGGGAGCCCAUCUCAUUUCAUACACUUCUCAGUGUCUCCUUCUUCCUCAUUCUUGUCUUCUCACAGAUCCACCAGGCGUCCUUUGUCCCAAAUCUUCCCUGUAGAGAGGAGCUGCCUUCUUGGAGGGCUCCCUAGUAUUUCAUUAUCAACUGAUUUGAGGGGAAUCCCUCAGUGUGUGACUCUUGGUGGGAGACUAAGCCCAGGCUCCUACUAUUAAUACAGAAACUGAAAGCGUUCUGGACACAGCAUCACUGACAUCACUGUGACCCAUGACUUGUACUCAGGCAGCUGGAUGGUCCCACGUAGGAAGCAAGUGAUGCUAAGACCCACGACCUCAGGGCAGCAGUGCUAAUAGCAGCAUCCCAUCCACGCUGCCCCUGGGGCUCCAGUUGCCCAGCCUGCCUUGGCUUCUGCCCAUUUGCUCUUGGAAAGCCCAGGUUUUCCAAGAACUAUUGUUAUGAGCUCCCAAGAGCCUUUCAAUAAAUUCCUUUCCUGCGUAAGUUGGUCAGAGCUGUUUGCCAUUGUUUGUAACCAAGAACCUUAACAGAGUCAUUCACCCCCUGCUGUGAAGGGUACAGACUGUUUGUUCUACUAGUGGUUGUCUUUACAUAUUCUUAAGAUAAGCAGAUAUUAUCACUGAUUGUUCUAAAACCCCAAACUGCAGUCUGUAAUACUUAAUACUCCUUCUAUUUUUAAAACUUUUUUUUUUAAAAAGAGGCAAGAAUGAUGAGGACAGGCUUAAGGAAUUUGAUCCUAGAAAUACAUUUACGUUUUCUAAGCACUGUAGUAUGCUGCUUCUGACAAAGCAAUAGGGUUUAGUUGGUGAGCAAGGACUCUGGUCAGGCUGCCUGGGUUCGAAUCCUGACUCAAAAGUCAGACUGGGGACUUCCGUGGUUGGUGAUCCAGUGGCUAAGACUGUUUGCUCCCCAGGCAGGGGGCCUGGGUUCAAUCCUUGGUUAGGGAACAAGGUUCCACAUGCCACAACUAAAGAUCCUGCAUGCCGCAAUGAAGACUGAAGAUUCCAUGUACCUCAACUAAGACCCAGUGCAAGCUAAUUAAUUAAUUUUAAAAAGUCAGUCCGGCCUUAGGCCAAAGUCAGUCUGGAUCAGAAGAUACAUUUCUAAAGAAAGGGUGUGAAACCUGCCUGCACACACAUAAGAGACUCAGAGGCCAACACUGACUGAUGUAUCCUUCCGGUGUCUGGGUCCGUAAGUCUAAGAGGGUUAGUUUGAGGAUGGUAGUUACUACAUGUCCCCUUGUGUGGCCUCUUUAAAUGCAACAGCUCAGCCUCACCUUCUUUCAAGCUUCUGCACAGGCAGAGGGGGAUAGUUGGUGGGCCGCUCAGGAAGAGAGGCCAUGGCCAAACUGGGGGACAGUAAGGAUUCAGGGAAGGCUGUACCUGGCUGGGUAAGAGUCCCCUGACUCCAGAGAGGUGGUCACAAGCUAGGACUAGACUGGAGGGCCUGGAAGCUGCUGCCACAUUUUCUGGAACAUCUGUAAGAGUACCUGGGAUCUUCAUUUAUUUUUUAAUCUUUGGUUUUUAUGGCCAUGCCUGGUAGCAUGUGGGAUCUUAGUUCCCCAACCAGGAAUCGAACCUGCAUCCCCUGCAUUGGAAGCUUGGAGUCAGGGAAGUCCCUCCCUGGGAUCUUUUAAUCUGACAUUCAAGUACCUUCAUCAGCUCUAAGCAAUGUGGGCUUCAUUCAUUCAGCUAAGUACUGAGUACCAUGUGCCAGGCACUGUAUAAGGUGGGGGUGGGGAGCUGGGUGGACAUACAGGCACUGGAAUAAAAGGCUUCUGACAGCUGGAACUCUGCAGGCACAGAAGACAGGCACCUGCCCCAGUGGAGGGCGGGCUUCCAGGAGGAGGCGAAGCUGCUCAGUGCUCAAAAGUUGUGGGAGAAAAAAAAAAAAAGUUGUGGGAGAAGGAGGCUGACUGGCCCCUGAACUGUGGCCAGGAAAGGGUGGAGCAUCUAUAGUGACAAUUCCACCAAAACUGAAUUUACUGGGGCGGCGGGGGGGGGGGGACGGACCCUAAACGGAACAGGGGGAGAAAUGGACACUGGAUAGGCAAAAACAAUAGCAAAGCUGACUGCAGUCCAAGUUCUUCGCUGUCAUUCUCUGGACUCUCCCUGGCUGCUCUUCCUGGAAUUUGGACUUGAAACCUUCCCUCCAGUCUGUUUCCUCAUCUGUCUGGCCUUCAGGCACAGGCAGGAUUAUUUUUUGUUCCCAUUCUAUUAAAUUUGGGGAAAAAAUGAAUUACACAAAUCAUCACUUCUAUUCCCCACACCUAAAUUAAUCACUAUUUUUUGCAAUUUGAUAUGUCAUUUUCUGCACAAAUACUCUCCCCCAUCAGUGAUAAUAUUGGGUUAGCCAAAAAUUUCCUUGGGGUUUUUCCGUAGGAUUUUAUGGAAAAACCUAAUGAACAUUUUAGCCAACACAAAAGAUUGUUUUCAAUCAUUUGCUUUAUAAGAGAACUGCCUAGAACCAUCUGGUAGAAGGUCCAUGGUUAUGAUGGAUGGAUGAAGCUGACAAUGCCUAAACUGUCUAAUCAGUGUUACCAUCACUAGAAGUGGUCACUUAACCAGAUGUUAAGUGCCUCCUAGAGGGAUGAAAAAGAAGUACACCAACCCUAGGUCUUGCACAAAAAACCAAAAACUCCUCCCCCCAACUCCACCGAAGCUGAAUGAAAGGAAGCCUGCAGAUCUAACUGGCAGUUUACAAGAUCGCUGAGGAUGGCAAAGUAUGCUCAAGACACCUUAACGAUGCAGGCCAAAUCCAGUAUAAGGACAAAUUCUAUAAGAAUUUGAAGAAGCCUUAGUUUCUUCAACAAAUAAAUGGUAUUUAAAAGGGAGUUUCUGGGACUUCCCUGGUGGUAUAGUGGAUAGGAAUCUGCCUGCCAAUGCAGGAAACACGGGUUCGAUCCCUGGUCCAGGAGGAUUGCACAUACCACGGAUCAACUAAGCCCGGGCACCCCAACAGGAGGUGCCAUUCUAGGCCCAUGUGCCUAGAAUGUGGGCACCACAACAGGAGCAACCGCCUCAAGGAGAUGCCCGCACACUGCAAUGAAGAGUAGCCCCCACUUGCAGCAACGAAGACCUAAAGAUAAAAUAAAAGGGAGUUUCUAUUACAGAGUAAGAAAACUUUUAAAAGACACAUCAAAUGUAAUGCGUGGAAAUGUUUAAAUCCUAAUUCAAACAUGCCAAUGGUAGUAAGGCACUUCUGAGACAGAAAACUGAACACAGACUAGAUAUUGCUAUUGUUGUCAUUUAGUUGCUUAGUCGUGUCCAACUCUUUGCAACCCCAUGGACUGCAGCACACCAGGCUCCUCUGUCCAUGGGAUUUCCCAGGCAAGAAUACUGUAGUAAUCCUGACAGCAUGUAGCAGUAUUUAAUAAAGUGUUUACAGGAGAAAUAAUAGGAUGCCUGGAAUUCCUAUUAAAAUACUCAAGUCAAAAAAAUUAAAAAAGGAGAGGAAAAAAGUGGGGCAGGGAAUAGCUGAAGAAAGAGUGGCAAAAAUAUUGAAGUGAUUGAGGUGAUGGGUAAAAGGGGAUUCAUUAUAUACUCUACUUAAUAAUGUACGUUUGAAAAUGUCCAUAAAAUUUUUUUGAAAAAUGUAUUUGGCUGCGCUUGGUCUUAAUUGCAGCACAUGGACUCUAAGUUGUGGCAUGUAGGAUCUCGUUCCCUGAUCAGGAAUCAAACCUAGGUCACCUGCAAUGGGAGGACAGAGUCUUAGUCACUGGAUCACCAGGAAUUCCUCAUAAUAAAUUUUAAACUUGCAAUAAAGACUCACAUAUUUGUGUUUUCCUAAGUGUGAUCCUUUAUCUCUAGGUGAGAAAAGUGGAAUUCCUAAAUUUAAGGAAGGAAAAUUUUUACCUCAACAAGAAAUUGCCAAGUUUUUCUCCAGGUGUUUGUAAUGAAGGGAUUCAGGAUAUUCUACCCCCAAAUAAGCACCUUGGCAUGCUCAAUAUUUUAAGCCAACUGCACUGGAAAAACAACAGGUGCAGAAAGGACUCCCUGACCUUCCCCUGAAGCAGGUCAUAAAACCCUCACAUGAGAGGUGCCUUCCCUCUGACCAGAGGGAAGGAGUAUGUUUUCUCCAAGACUGAGGAACGCCAAGAGGAAUCUGAACACAGAGGCCUUGCUAUUUCAGGUAGUUACACACUUAUACUCCCUUCCAUCCUAUCACAUUUUGUCACACCCUCCACUCUUCAUCAGACAUAGCAAAACACUCAGGUUUAACCAAUUCUUCAGGUCAUUUCAUUAUGAAGGCUCCUGGUCACAUCAAACUUAAAUAAAUCUGUAUUUUUUUAUCUUGUUAAUCUGCCUUUUGUUACAGGGUCCCAGCUAAAAAUUUUGAUAGGUAGAUAUUUUUCCUCUUCUUACAGUAACAAAUUGCCUUCUCACCGGUUUUCCCACAAUCCUUAAACCCUUGUUGAUAUUUUGUUAAUUUGAUGGAUAAAAUGGUAUCGUAUAAUCGUUUUAAAUGAUGUUUUCCUGGUGGUUGUACUUCUUCAUUCUUUUUAUACUACCUACAUUUCUUCUGAAAGUUACUUUUCAUAUCCUUUGCCCAUUAUUUCCUUGCCUUUUUCUUAUUAUAGUUUUUCACUUGUUGUUGUUUAGCUGCUCAGUUGUCUCUGACUCUUUGUGACCCCAUGGACUGUAACCUGCCAAGAUCCUCUGUUCAUGGGAUUUCCCAGGCAGAAAUACUGAAGCAGUUUGCCAUUUCCUUCUCCAGGGGAUCUUCCUGACCCAGGAAUCAAACCAGCGUCUCCUGCUUGGCAGGCAGAUUCUUUACCACUGAGCCACCUGGGAAGCCCAUAGUUUUGUCAUAUUCUGAUACUCAGUUUUUAUUAUGUUACAAGUAUUGCUUCCCAAUUUGUUCCUUAUAUUUUAAAAUUUUUAUGCAAGCUAUCUUGCAUCCAGUGCUUUAAAUUGUAACAUGACCAAAUCUGUCAUAAUUUUUUUGCUCCGUCAUAAUUUUGCUGUGUCUUGAGUGACACCUACAUCCCAAGUUCUUAUGCAGAUGACACCACCCUUAUGGCAGAAAGUAAAGAGUAACUAAAAAGCUUCUUGAUGAAAGUGAAAGAGGAGAGUGAAAAAAGCUGGCUUAAAACUCAAUAUUCAGAAAACUAAGAUCAUGGCAUCCAGUUCCAGCACUUCAUGGCAAAUAGAUGGGGAAACAAUGAGAGACUUUGUUUUAUGGGGCUUGAAAAUCACUGCGGAUGGUGACUGCAGCCAUAAAAUUAAAAGACACUUGCUCCUUAGAAGAAAAACUAUGACCAACCUAGAAAACAUAUUGAAAAGCAGAGACAUUACUUUGUCAACAAAGGUUUGUCUAGUCAAAGCUAUGGUUUUUCCAGUAGUCAUGUAUGGAUGUGAGAGUUGGACUAUAAAGAAAGCUGAGCGCCAAAGAAUUGAUGCUUAUGAACUGUGGUGUUGGAGAAGACUCUUGGAGAGUCCCUUGGACUGCAAGGAGAUCCAACCAGUCCAUCCUAAAGGAGAUCAGUCCUGGGUGUUCAUUGGAAGGACUGAUGCUGAAGCUGAAACUCCAAUACUUUGUCCACCUGAUGCGAAGAACUGACUCAUUGGAAAAGACCCUGAUGUUGGGAAAGACUGAAGACAGGAGAAGGGGAUGACAGAGGAUGAGAUGGUUGUCUGGCAUUACCGACUCGACAGACAUGAGUCUUGAGUAAGCUUGGGGAGUUAGUGAUAGACAGGGAAGCCUGCUGUGAUGCAGUCCAUGGGGUCACAAAGAGUUGGACAUGACUGAGCAACUGAACUCAACUGAUGGAUUUUAAUCAGCAACAUGGAUUUUAAUAAGAAUGCUUAAUUUUUUGCCACCAAAUGUUUAUCUUACAUUUUCACACAUACGGUUUAUCUAAAAUAAUAUGGUAUUUUCUUCCUUUAGUCUGUUAGUCUGACCUUGACUUACUUGAAACAUCUUGCAUUUCAGAGAUAAAUACUAUUGGUCAACAUUCUUUUACUAUCUUCAGUCAAGUUGUUGUUGUUUAGUCACUAAGUCAAGUACCAAAUCUAAAAUAUGUAGGCAAGUCUUUCUUACUCUUUUUUUCCCUAAUUUGGGACUUUCUGGAGCUAGGACAGGGCAGGGUCCCUUACCCAGGGCCAUGUUUUCUCACUCCCCAAAACACACACGUGAUUCAAGGUUCUCUUUUUAAAAUCCCAAUGUGAGUAUAAUUCCUAAAAUUUUGAUCCGUUACUACAGGGCCUAAUGGUACAAAUGACUGUUGAGAGAGCACAUAUUAAAGACGGCUUAAAGAAAGGAGAUCAUAUUAAGCAACUGAGGAUGUAAAUCAAUGGCCUUGGAUGAGUUUCUUAACCUCUGUGUGCCUCAAUUUCCCUAAAUGUAAAAUGAAACCAGUAAGAUUCUGAGUCACAGAUUUGUUUUGAAAAGCCCACAAUAACCUGCAUGAAAAACAACCAGUACAAUGCCUAGCACACAUAGAGGUAUUAAUGUUUUAGCUGUGAACAUUACUGAAACAGAGCAGAACCCUAUGGUCCUUGCCCUCCACGACGUCUACCUGCCUUUUGUCUGUGGAAAAACGUUAGACAAAGAAUAAUUUUAAUCAGAAAAGUGAGAAAAUGCAGAAACAAAGGAAAACAGUCAAGGAGACCAAAUAAUAAUAGCUUAGUCAUUAAGCAAAGUCAAGGAUCUUUAGCUCCUUCUCAAGGGCUAUAGAUAAAUAUUUGAGCCAUAUCUUGUGAGCCAUCUUACAAAUACUGAAACCCUCCCACCAGGUGGAAGAAGUUAACUACAUGGUGCCCAUGAUAUAAGCUGCCACAAUUUCAAGAACUGGUUUCACUGAAAUAGUAACAGACUGACCCUGGAACUAAAGACUAACUACUUAAAACACUGAAGAUGACCACGGUCACACCACCAACAACCAAUUUGAACAUGACUGUCUCUGUUUCUAUGUGUAACCCCCUCUCUUUGUCUAUAAAACCUAUUGCCCCCUGACUGCUUGGGG